AUGUUCUAUACUGGGAAGUCUACAGCGUGCCACACAUGCCGUCAGAGGCGCCUGAAGUGUGACGAGGCCAGGCCUCACUGCCAGAAAUGUAUGCGGGCAGGGCGGGAGUGCAAAGGCUAUCGUGAUGACACGGCCUUCAUCAUACGGGACAUGACAUCUGCCACUAUCCAGAAGUUCACCAAGGAGAAAAGCCCGCCACCUUCCCCGGAUGGUGAUAACAGAUCACAUCCUGCCGCAUCUUCAAGGCCGGAGAGGGCGAAAGCACUACCAGACCGCUCUAGGACCGGCCUUGCUUCACCGCCGUCCACCACGUCACAAGGGCCAAGAGACAACCAAGUCACUUUGAGGCGGGCUUCUACACCGAGGAGCAGACGGUCGAGAGCACUCGAGGUCGGAACUCUGUCACUACCAGUCGAGGACCAGGCACUCUGCUACUUCGCGAACCGUUACGCACUUGCACCAACCCAGUACCUCGACCCAGGCUAUCUCUCGGUGCUCAAGCUAGUCAGCCACAAAAAGUCCGUCGGCCCAUGCCUUUCGAAUUCCCUCUCGGCGGUAUCGCUGGCCGCCUUCUCGACGAGACCGAAUGCGAGAAAAACCGUCGUGCGUGCUCGAGCGGCAUACUCAACAGCUCUGCGACUCACCAACGAGGCGAUUCAGCAGCCUCAUUCCUGUCAUGAUGACGAGCUUCUCGCGUCAGUCGUACUACUUGCACUAUUUGAGGUUUUCACCAGCGAGAGUAUUCUGGGGUGGUGCAGCCACGUGUAUGGCGCGGCAGCUAUGCUUGGUGCUCGAGGAAAGGUGUCAAUUCACGACAAGUUCUGCAGAGCGCUCUUCCGCGUCAUCAGUAAUGAAUCGGUGAAACUGGCCUUGAUGGGCUUCUCAUCACCCCAUUCCGGUACUGAGAGCUGGCUGCAGUGGUUGAGCAAUCCUACGUACACGACUUAUAUCACCCCCGACGCGGCCGCAGCCGAACCUGCCGAAGUCGAGGACGCGACGACUAUAGAGUUAAAAGGCCCUGGCGACUUUCAGAGUUUGACGGAAACAAUGUCGCUCAAAGGUACGGAUGCCAUAGAUCAGGCCAGGACAGGUCGCGAUGGCACUUUACCGGUCCCACAACUCCCCAACGCGCCCAUCAACCCAAGCGGGCCGCGAACGGAUGAAGAGAUGACGGGCUUGAACCAGGUCCUAGAUGACACGAAAGAGUUCAUACAAGCUUACGAGAAGUAUCAACGCCCGAUCCCCAGUUCCGCGGCGCAGGAUCAGGCUUCAAUACCGCUCAUCGAUUCGCAAGCAGCCUUUGCCAACGUGCAAGUCUCGAGGAUGGAGAGAUCGUACGAGAUGCUUGCCGAGACCAGCCUUCACAUUUGCGGCUGUGUUGCUCGGCUCGUCACAUACAACGUCAUGGCCAGAUGCGCCGCUUCUAUACCCCAUCAAGCAACACAGGAAUACGCGGAGGCGGUAUCGAUGGGAAGGAAAGAGAUUGCCGAGAUAUUGAGACUGGUCCCGUACUUCUACGGGCUCAUGGAAGAGACGGACUGGAUGAACUCAGCGUCGUCGAGACAACCCGUUUUCCCGGACGAUGAACCGUCGUCGUCGGACAGUUCGGAAACAGCAGGUGAGAGGGAUGUCGGUACGUGGAUGUCGAAACGACGAGCCCGAUUGCCACUACUCGCGAAGAGUUACAUCGGUUUCAUGAUCCUUUGGCCGAUUUCGACGGCUGCCACGACCGACCUUGUCGAUGCUCAGCAGUUCGAAACCAUCAGCACAAUGCAGAAGUAUAUCACUGAGGCGUGCGGAAUCAGAAUGGCUGAAGGCGUGCGGCAAUUCUGCCUGGAAAAGCGGAAGUUCUCUGACGCGCCAUUCUGGGCCUGA